UUCCUGAUGGUCAAUACAAGUUCUGCUAGUGACAAGAACGCUAUUUUACUCAACUAAACGCAGUUUUGUACAACAGAAUCGGAAGUUGACUUAAAAGGCUUUUUUUUACAGCACUUGACCAGUGUUAUAUUUCGGUAACCAUUUGAUUGUUCACUUGGUUGUAUUUUUGGUAACUCAAGAUGUAAUGCCCAUCUCAGCCGCACCGUUAGACGACAAGCAAUGGGGAAAAUAACAAAAUGUCAAAAAGACUUGUGUGAAGCUACUACCGAGAUUGYUUUCAAAGUAGCCAUCUCUCUUUUGGGGAGUUUGUCAAAUGUUGCAAUUUUCAUGACAUUUUCAAGAUCGCGGAAGCUCCGUUCAAACAAUACUUUAUUUCUWUGCAGUUUGAGUCUUGCUGGUCUUGUAUUCUCUGUUGUUUCAUCACCUCUUUCGUCCGUCAUUGCUUAUAAAUGGUACGUCAAGAACUGCGCGUGGGAUAUCGUUUAUGUGAAUCGAAUCGUUUAUCACAUUGCCUUUACUGCCUCUAUUUGUACACUGACAUUAAUGAGCGUGGAACGAUCGUAUGUUAUAUGCAAUCCAUUAAAAUACAAGCUACGAAUUACCGAAACAAAGGCAAAACUAGCAAUAGCGAUGACAUGGGUAGUGUCUGUAGCCGUAGGAAUAACAGAAGGACUCGAAUUGUAUAAUGAUAAAGUGGAAUCAAUUAUGACACUAGCUGCAAUAGUGGGAUGUUACAUCAUAAUCAUAGUUUGUUAUGUUUUCAUGUUUCUAGCGAUUAGAAAACAAAGAAAAGUACAUCACGAACUUGAAUCACGACGGAAAACAUUAGUUAACAUAAGACGCAAAACAGAACGCGAACUCGCUAAGACUAUAGGAMUAAUUGUUGGAGUGUUUGCGUUGACUUGGUCACCGAUCGCGUACACGUUUGCAGUAUCGCCUCAUCUUGACAGUACAGAAGUCGAGAAUUUCGAAAGGCAUCUAAAGAAGUGAUUUGCCCACGAGGGUGGAAAUGUUACCCUUGUGUCAAAGAUGAAAACUCGUUAAAAUCAGUCGACGCUUCGACGGUCGUAGGGAGGUCAGGACAGAUAUCAUACACAAGAUCAAAGUGUAUGCUCACUGAU